AUGAAGAACUCCCUCGUUUUGAGCUUCAUAGCUCUCUCGUCUUAUGCUAUUGCCACGGAUGAUCCCUGCCUUUCUUUGACCAGCAAAUUCCCCAAAUGCCCGUUCUCGUGCGUUUCAAAGGCCGCUGCCUCAGUCGGGUGUACCAACACCGCUGACUUGAGCUGCCAGUGUAAUCCAAAGUCGUCUAGUGCCAUCCAGUCCCUUGCUGCUGGCUGUGCGCUUGCAGCCUGUAAUCCAACCGACCUCCCCCCUGCUAUCGAUGCGGGAAGUUCCCUCUGUGCUUGCGUAGCAUCUCAUCCUGCUACCACCACAAAUGCUCCAUCUACAUCCCCAACAGGAAGUACGUCCAAGCCAGGCGGCUCUACUACAUCUGGGCCAGCACCCUCGACAACUCCCACUGGCACGGGCACGGGUACCACCACCGGUCCAACCGUGACCACUGGUCCUACCUGUGUUCCCUCGUCCCCUUGUGAUGCCGUCAAGAGCAAGGUACCCGCCUGUGCGUCGAGUUGUAUCGGUUCCGCAGCAGGAAAAGUCGGAUGUGACCAGCAAAACCUAUCAUGCCAAUGCGCCUCAUCGUCCGCCAUCCAGCAAGCUGCAUUCAACUGCGUCAGUUCCGCCUGCGGACUACAGACCGGCGCCGCGGUUCUUCAGUCCGUAGCAGCAGUCUGCUCCUGCGUUUCUGCAAAUCCUACAAAGCCAUGCUCCGGGGGAACUCAACCCACAACCAAACCGUCAGGGACCGAAUCGUCCGGUCCCGGCUCAAGUUCCGGCCCCGUCACAUCCGCACCGGCAUGCUCAUCCGUCAAACAACCAGACUGCGGAGCCGUUGCUUCAACAGCCAUUCCUUCAUGUGCCCAGCAGUGCUUCACGUCCGCUGCACCAGGUGUAAACUGUCAAGUGACGGACUUCAAGUGUCAGUGCCAGCCUGACGCGCAGAAGAAGCUCUCAACCCUGUUGCUUCCCUGCGUACAAAAGAACUGUCCGCCCGCCUCGCUGCCGGGUAUUAUUGGUGGUGCGAGCUCUGUCUGCGCCUGUGCAACCGCACCUCCUGGUUCUGGGGUUUGCACAACUUCGGGUGGAGGCUCUGCUCCGACGUCUGGAGGACAGCAGCCUACGAAUGGUACUUCCGGUGGGAAUACGUCUGGUGGUCAGCAACCUACCGGCGGAUCGAGUGGUAGUCCGCCGCCAACUAGUUCGUCGCCUGUUGUUGGUGGUGCGGGAAUACUUGAGGUUUCGUUUGCGGGUGUUGCUGGAGUGGUUGUACUGGCGGCUUUUGUGCUGUAA